AUGGCAUAUAACAUUCCUGUUGUGGUGCUGUGGGUGGGCACCAAUAAUCAUGGUCACACUGCAGAACAGAUCUGUGGAGGCAUCAUGGCCAUAGUCCAACUCAUCAAAGACAAGCAACCACAGGGAGUGCUACCCAGGGGUAAGAUGCCCAACUCCCUGCGGGAGAGGAACGCCCAGGUUAACAAGCUGGUUCAGGAGGCUGUGUCCUCUCUCCCCCACGCCUCCCUCCUCAAUGUGGACCCCGGCUUGGUGCACUCGGACGGCAGCAUCUCCCACCAGGACCUGUAUGACUACCUCCACCUCACCCCGCAGGGCUACCAGGCUGUGUGCCAGCCGCUACACGCCCACCUCAAGGGCCUGCUGGAGAAACAGGCUGAAAACUGAAGGCCAAAGACCAACUGAUGGAGAACUGAUGGCCAAUGACCAAAUGACUCACUACAUCAGAGGUAAAAACACUGGUCCUGGAGAGCCACAAGAGUACAGGCUUUUAGCACAUUCACU